UGGCUUCCCGACGAGAUCCUAAUUAUGAUCGUGUCGAACCUUCUCGCACCAGAGGUCGUUCUCUCCAACAGUUCCAAACGGCUCGGAUUCCUACGUCAGCAGUGCUCUGUCUUCCAACUGAGACUCGUGUCCCAUCGAUUUCAAGCCUUGGUUGAUGGUCUCCUGGAGAAGAACUUCCCGGAAGCCAUUUGGUUGGUGGGAGCAUACCAGUCACAAACCGCGAGAGGCUGGAGGGAGGAUGCUCAGAACACAUUGUACAGCCUACGCAUGAUACUGUCUCCGCUUCUCCGAAGCCGAAAACCAUUCAGCAUGAAAGUCCACCUUCUCCCAGAGCUGACGAGCAUGCGAGCUGAGGUUAACUGGGACGUCUCCUACCAACCACCAAACCCUGAAAAUGUGACGCAGCGGCCGAUGAAAGACGAUUACACUGCCGCAAUGGCCAUGGCUGCACAUCAGGCAUCAGCAAUUGUACUUUCACAAAUGUUGAGGAAGGUGUUCGAUGAGUAUGAUGACGCUACUCAAAGAUGCGAUGUUCAUGUGAUAUUCUAUGAAAUCGACGGAAGCUCGUUGGAUGCGUCGGCUUUUAUGGCGGGACGUGCUCAACCCCAACCUGCCGUCUUGCCUUUCUGGGAGCUUGAUUCUGUGGAAACCAUUCUUCGCCAUUGGCGAUGGAUCGGCCAACAUCAUCCGUUCCGCAGCUUCGGCCACUAUGUUACUCUUCCGGUAAUCGCAAUGACGACGGAAACUGCCAUGUCUGCAGAGUAUGCAUCCGAACUCUGCUCCAGGAGACUGAGCGGUGUAUGGGGGUCUGGCUACCCUUGGAUCCAAGAGUAUAGUCCCACCAUCACCAGGCGCUGGGUUCCGAGGAUGAUCUCUGGUCCCAGCAUGCAUAUGUUUUCGUUGUGGCUUACUACACUUUGCCCGAGGUGGAUAAGCGUUCGGUGCUUCGCCGUUCGAGCCGCGAGCAUGAAUGGAGUUCGUCAGUCUCGUGCGCUUCUACUCGAACGACCGAGUUCACUUGUCAAUGUUGCCUGA